CGCGAGGCACGGAGUGAGUAACGAGACGCCGGAGUCGGUAGAGCCCCGAGCGGAGAAGGGUGCGAAUAUUAGCCAAAAUGUGCGGAAUCUUUGCCUACAUGAACUACAGAGUCCCUCGGACAAGAAAGGAGAUUUUCGAAACCCUCAUCAAGGGCCUGCAGCGGCUUGAGUACAGGGGCUAUGACUCGGCAGGUGUGGCAAUUGAUGGGAGUAACAGUGAAGUCAAAGAAAGACACAUCCAGCUAGUCAAGAAAAGGGGGAAUGUCAAAGCUCUUGAUGAAGAACUCUACAAGCAAGACAGCAUGGAUUUAAAGGUGGAGUUUGAGACCCACUUUGGCAUUGCCCACACUCGUUGGGCCACUCAUGGUGUCCCCAAUGCAGUCAACAGUCACCCACAGCGCUCAGAUAAAGGCAACGAAUUUGUUGUCAUCCAUAAUGGGAUCAUCACAAAUUACAAAGACCUGAGGAAAUUUCUGGAAAGCAAAGGCUAUGAGUUUGAGUCAGAAACAGAUACGGAGACUAUUGCCAAGCUGAUAAAGUACGUGUUCGACAACAGAGAAACGGAGGACAUCACAUUUUCAACACUGGUUGAGAGAGUCAUUCAGCAGUUGGAAGGCGCAUUUGCAUUGGUUUUCAAGAGCAUUCACUACCCCGGAGAAGCUGUUGCCACAAGGAGAGGCAGUCCCCUGCUGAUUGGAGUGCGGAGCAAAUACAAACUCUCCACAGAACAAAUCCCCAUCUUGUACAGGACACGCAAUAUUGAGAAUGUGAAGAAUAUCUGUAAAACAAGGAUGAAGAGGCUGGACAGCUCAACCUGCCUUCACGCCGUGGGUGACAAAGCAGUGGAAUUCUUCUUUGCUUCUGAUGCAAGCGCUAUCAUAGAACAUACCAACCGGGUCAUCUUCCUUGAAGAUGAUGACAUCGCUGCAGUGGCUGAUGGGAAACUCUCCAUUCACCGGGUCAAGCGUUUGGCUAGUGACGACCCAUCUCGAGCCAUUCAGACCUUGCAGAUGGAAUUGCAGCAAAUCAUGAAAGGUAACUUCAGUGCAUUUAUGCAGAAGGAGAUCUUUGAACAGCCGGAAUCAGUUUUCAAUACUAUGAGAGGUCGGGUGAAUUUUGAAACCAACACAGUGCUUCUGGGGGGCUUGAAGGACCACUUGAAGGAGAUCCGACGGUGCCGACGGCUCAUUGUGAUCGGCUGUGGGACCAGCUACCACGCUGCCGUGGCCACACGACAAGUUUUGGAGGAGCUAACGGAGCUCCCUGUGAUGGUUGAACUCGCUAGUGACUUUCUGGACAGGAACACCCCUGUCUUCAGGGAUGAUGUUUGCUUUUUCAUCAGCCAGUCAGGUGAGACUGCUGACACCCUCCUGGCGUUGCGCUACUGUAAGGACCGUCGGGCUCUGACCGUGGGUGUCACCAACACUGUGGGCAGCUCUAUCUCCCGGGAGACUGAUUGUGGCGUCCACAUCAAUGCAGGACCAGAGGUCGGCGUGGCCAGCACCAAGGCUUAUACCAGUCAGUUCAUAUCUUUGGUGAUGUUCGGUUUGAUGAUGUCUGAAGACCGAAUUUCACUACAAAAUAGAAGACAAGAAAUCAUCCAUGGCCUAAAAUCUUUACCUGAACUGAUCAAGGAAGUGUUGUCGCUGGAUGAGAAGAUCCACGACCUGGCCCUGGAGCUCUACAAACAGAGGUCACUCCUGGUUAUGGGGCGGGGUUAUAACUAUGCCACGUGCCUGGAAGGAGCCCUGAAAAUUAAAGAGAUAACCUACAUGCACUCAGAAGGCAUCCUGGCCGGGGAGCUGAAGCAUGGGCCUCUGGCGCUGAUUGACAAGCAGAUGCCUGUCAUCAUGGUCAUCAUGAAGGAUCCCUGCUUUGCCAAAUGCCAGAAUGCCCUGCAGCAGGUCACAGCCCGCCAGGGUCGUCCGAUUAUACUCUGCUCCAGGGAUGACACUGAAAGUUCCAAGUUUGCAUAUAAAACAAUAGAGCUGCCGCACACUGUGGAUUGUCUCCAGGGCGUCCUGAGCGUGAUCCCACUGCAGCUUCUCUCCUUCCACCUGGCUGUUCUCCGAGGAUACGACGUUGACUUCCCCAGAAAUCUGGCCAAGUCUGUCACCGUGGAAUGAGAACAGGCGCAUGAGGAAACCAAUGCCAUCUUUAGUCUGGUUCAAGACGCAAUGACAUCAAAUGAAAAGAAAUGCAAGCAUUCUGUGUGUUCCGAGUAGAUCCAAUAGGGCUUGCCAGCUUCCAUGUGCCUUGUACCCAAGUGCUUUGCCUACAGCAGAUACUGUUCUCUGUUUCCUGAGGUUGCCAGAGGAGAAGGGAAUCAUUGUUUACAUAUGGGGAUCAGAGCGGACUUUUUUCACUUCCGUGCAAUAGAGAAACAGCUCUCUUAGAGCAACUGUGAACCUUUUUUAACCAACAUUAGCUAGUUUUAAAAGACAAAAUAUUUAUAAUAACAAUUGUAUAGCUUUUAAGUUAUUUUUCUAAUGUGUGGCUUUCUGUGGCCAAGGUAAUGCACAGACAGUGCAUCCCAGCUACCCAGUGGACCCAAGUCUCCUGGCAGGGGGCGUUCAUCUCAGAUUUAAGCACAAGGCAUUGCCGCUCUGGCCUCUGUUCUCCCUUCCAUUCCCCUCUGGGUGCCUCCUGAGUCCUGACCCUUGACAUCAAAAAAAGCCCCUUGUGUCAUCUUCCUAUGCCUCCUUUAAGUCCUGUCAAAAUCUCAAUUUCAUUCUCAUCUGACUCCUUCCAAAUCUUCAGCUUCUGUUAAAAUAACUAUGGCUCUUUUUUAAAACCAAGCAGCAUUUUGGUCUCUGCUCCUGCCCAUAGUAAAACAGCUUGAAAUAUCCCACAAAAUAGAGUAGUUUCAAGUGAUGAGCUACUUUCCUUUCUACUUAAGCGUGCACAAUCAAAGUACAAUGCAAUUUUAAGACAAUAAAGACAGAACAAUUUUUUGUCUUGUGU